AUCCUUUUUUUUUUUCUUUCCACUUUAAAAUGAAAUAAAAUAAAAACAAAAUUAGCAUCCACUAAAACACUAUAUAUAUUACUUAGACAUCCAAUUUUGACAAUCAAUAAAUCAAACAAAAUUUAAUACAGUAUAACUUUCCUAUUUAUAUAACUCACAAAAUCUUUAAACUUUAAUUAAUUAUAAAAGCGUUGAAAAAAUCUUCUCCUCUUCUCUUCUCCAAAAUUUUCAAAAAUGAUACCCAGAAAGAAUAUGGGUCGGGUUUCGCCAUUGUUACUGAUCUUACUUGCAUUAGGUUUCUUCUUUGCAACAUACAAUUUGGUUACAUUGAUAAUUCACAAUAGGGCAACGACAAGUAGCAGUGUUAGUAUUAGUACUAGUGGUAGUAGUAGUAAUGGUGGAGGAUCGGAAUGGUUUGACCCGGUUAAGGAAUCGAAUUUAGUGCAAUCCGGUGACCGGAAAUUCCACGUGGCAUUAACGGCGACUGAUGCGCCGUACAGUAAGUGGCAGUGUAGGAUUAUGUACUAUUGGUAUAAGAAGAUGAAGGAGAGGGAUGGAUCCGAAAUGGGUGGGUUUACUCGGGUUUUGCAUUCGGGUAAACCUGAUAAUUUGAUGGAGGAGAUUCCUACUUUUGUUGUUGAUCCUCUUCCUGAAGGGUUGGAUCGGGGUUAUAUUGUUCUUAACAGACCAUGGGCUUUUGUUCAGUGGCUUGAAAAGGCAACAAUUGAAGAAGAAUACAUUCUAAUGGCAGAGCCCGACCAUGUAUUUGCAAAUCCCUUGCCAAACUUGGCUCGUGGAGAUCUCCCAGCCGCAUUUCCCUUUUUCUACAUAAAACCAGCAGAACAUGAGGGAGUUAUACGAAAAUACUAUCCAGAGGAUCUAGGCCCAGUGACUAAUGUUGAUCCAAUUGGAAAUUCUCCUGUAAUAAUUAAAAAGUCCAUUUUGGAGAAAAUUGCUCCUACAUGGAUGAAUAUUUCUCUGAGGAUGAAAGAUGAUCCAGAAACCGACAAGGCUUUUGGCUGGGUUCUGGAAAUGUAUGGCUAUGCCGUGGCAUCUGCUUUACAUGGUGUGCGGCACAUUCUUCGAAAGGACUUCAUGCUACAGCCACCUUGGGAUCUGGAAGUUGGAAAGAAGUUUAUUAUUCAUUAUACCUAUGGAUGUGAUUAUAAUAUGAAGGGAGAGUUGACAUAUGGAAAGAUUGGUGAAUGGAGAUUUGACAAAAGAUCUUACCUACGAGGCCCUCCACCAAAAAAUCUUAGUUUGCCCCCUCCAGGGGUUCCUGAAAGUGUGGUAAGAUUAGUGAAGAUGGUUAAUGAAGCUACUGCUAAUAUCCCUGGAUGGGAGACAGAGUGAGAAUGAGCAAACUUGACUUGUGUAUUUACCUAUAUUUAUACUUUGGCCAUCUUCCGAACCACAGCGCAUGGUCAAUAGUUCCCAGAAGGCUUCAAGAUGGAUUAUCUUUAGACCAAAUAUAUGAUUUAAACAAGUUAAAUAGAAGUGGUGUCAUACUAGAGUAGUUCUGUUCUUCAUAGAUAUUUCUCUUCUCCCUCCAUGGUACUUGUGGACUAAACUAUAAAGCUAGUAUUCUUUUUGUAAAAAUCUGUUGUGUAAUGUCUUUAAAAGUGUAAUAGGUGAUCUGAGGUCUUUUUGAGCUAAAUUAUGUCACACAAGUUUUUGUGUCUAUAGAAGUGAUCUUUAAACUUAA